AUGGCCACGAUUUUGGGUAGCCUGAAAUUCUGCUUUCUCUUCCAAGCCAUCUGCUUCUCGCUGGCACAGAUUCAAGGUCCACCAGGAGAACCUGGACCACGGGGCCCCCCAGGUCCGCCCGGAGUACCAGGAGCUGAUGGCAUUGAUGGUGAAAAAGGCCCCCCAGGUGCAGCAGGAAGUCCAGGCACCAAGGGAGAACCAGGCCUUCCCGGUCCAGACGGUCCUCCGGGGAAACCUGGCAUUGAUGGCCUGACAGGUGCAAAGGGGGAACCAGGCCCUGUUGGGAGACUCGGACCAAAAGGCCAGACUGGACUCCUCGGUCCUCCCGGGCUCCCAGGUCCUGGGCUGGCCGGAUCUUCUGGACCUCCCGGCCAGGUUGGGCUCCCUGGAGAAAUUGGAGCACUAGGGCCAAAGGGGGAACGUGGACCAGAUGGGCCACAAGGGCCUCCGGGGCCUCCUGGGAAGCCUGGUCCUGUUGGGCACAUUCAAGGAGUUGAAGGCAGUGCAGAUUUCUUGUGUCCAACCAACUGCCCCCCUGGACCCAAGGGCCCCCAAGGAUUGCAGGGCUUGAAGGGUCAUAAAGGCCGCCCUGGAGCCCUGGGGGAGUCUGGAAGACAGGGCAAGCCCGGUCCAAAGGGAGACGUUGGCUUAUCUGGAGAACAAGGAAUACCCGGCCCUCCCGGUCCACAAGGGCUCCGCGGAUACCCUGGAAUGGCAGGGCCUAAGGGAGAAACGGGGCCCCGAGGUUAUAAAGGAAUGAUCGGAACUAUUGGAGCAGCAGGACCACCGGGUGAAGAAGGCCCAAGGGGGCCCCCAGGACAAGCUGGUGAGAAGGGAGAUCUUGGUGCUCGUGGUAUCAGAGGUCCUCAGGGAGGAAUGGGACCCAAAGGGGGAAAUGGUCUUCCUGGGAUUGAUGGCAAAGAUGGCACUCCAGGUAUCCCUGGGGUCAAGGGGAGUGCAGGACAGCCGGGCCUUCCUGGGCCACCGGGCCACCGAGGAUUAGCCGGUUUGCCAGGUGCACCUGGAACCAAAGGUGGCCCAGGGCAGAAGGGUGAACCAGGAGGCCGUGGUCUGCCAGGUUCCAGUGGGCUACCUGGGAAAAUUGGUGAGCCUGGACCUCGUGGGGAAGUGGGCCCUCAAGGAGUUCCUGGUGUGAAAGGAGAUCGCGGUGAGAGGGGACCAGUGGGCAUUCCAGGGCUGCAGGGAAAAGUGGGCGCUAAGGGGGAGCAGGGCCCCCCGGGAAUCCCAGGCCCACAAGGACUUCCUGGAGUUAAAGGGGACAAGGGCUUCCCAGGGAAAAUUGGGUCCAAAGGGGAUGUUGGAGAUCCCGGUGUCGAAGGCCUGCCUGGGGAGAAGGGGGAGAAGGGUGAAUCUGGAGAGCCAGGACCCAAGGGACAGCAAGGUGUCCGUGGGGAGUCUGGUUUCCCUGGACCUACCGGGGAUUCGGGAGCACCUGGCGUCAGAGGUUUCCCUGGACCGCCUGGCCCUCGAGGGCUUGGUGGGGAGCGUGGCGUGCCUGGGAUGCCCGGGUCUCAGGGUGCCCCGGGCAGGGAUGCAGGAGACCAGCAUAUUGUUGAUGUAGUCCUCAAAAUGUUGCAAGAGCAACUGGCUGAAUUAGCUGUGAGUGCUAAAAGAGCUGCCCUGGGUGGAGCAGGUGUGAUGGGACCCCCAGGGCCUCCCGGACCCCCUGGGUCUCCCGGUCACCAAGGGCCACAUGGACACCCGGGGCCUCGCGGCAUCCCAGGAAUCAUCGGGGCUGUGGGGCAGAUUGGUAACACCGGACUGAAAGGGAAGAGGGGUGAGAAAGGAGAGCAAGGAGAGCCCGGGCGUGGACAUCAAGGGAUGCCAGGGCCACCAGGUAUCCCAGGUCUCCCUGGUCAUCCUGGCCAAGCCAUCAAUGGCAAAGAUGGUGAACGAGGUUCUCCGGGCAUUUCAGGACAAGCUGGACGGCCUGGUUUACCUGGGCCUGCUGGACUUCCUGGAUUUUGUGAGGCUGCUGCCUGCUUAGGUGCCUCUGCCUAUGCCUCGGCCCGCUUGACUGAACCAGGCGCUGUCAAAGGACCUUCGUACUGAAUUUAGUCGAGGGAAAAACUUCCCUUGCAAACUCAAGUCGGCAAGAUCUCCACCACUGACCUUACAAGACCAACAUUCCAGGGCUGUGGACCAAAGAAAUGGGGAACCAACCAAAAGAAAUCCUCCAUGGGAAUGAGGAACCUCAGCCUUAUUGGGCAUCAACCCAUCCGUUCAUUCUGCGUUGGCAAAAAGACAACACUUGGCCACUGCGAGUAGCUUAGAUUGUGGGGCAUGAAAAGCCAAUGAGAAAUUUUAAAUACAUGUGAAAUUCACACCUGGGAUUGAAAGCAAGCCUGGAACCUUGUCACUUAAGUAACUGCUACUCCUUUAAACACAAAGGGAGUCUUUGACCUCAUCUUACCACCAGGAAAAGAAGUAUUACAUUUUACCGAUUUCCGUGUUGCUGGUGGCUUCGAGAGAGGAGAGAGCAUGUUUGCUUUUAUCUUUGGCCCUAAUUCACAUCAUAAUAUAGUAGAGUCCUCACACAACAUAUUUGGCUAUGUUCUUAUCAGGUAGAGAGCUGUUUGUGUGAAGUAGAACUGUUGGAAAACAUCCAGAAUUACCACAUGAAGGAAAAUCUGAAAGGCAAAGUUUUUGUUCAAUAUGCUAACUUCAGAUUCCCUCCCUGCCUCAGGGCUACUUCACACAACUGCCUCGCCAUGUGAAAAUAACAUGGCAAACCUGUUAUGGGAAGACUUUACUUCUUGAAAAACCAUCUUAUGAAUUGGUCCUCAGGUAAUUCGUUAACUAUCUCAUUGAUAACUCUCCUAUUUCAUCCUGUUUUUUUUUAGAAAACCGAUUGACAUUAUCUUAUUACUUUACUUUGUGUUUGUGUGGAAGGAUUAAUCCACCCAAAUAUUUUCCUGAUUUGGGGGGGGGGGGUGCAUGGGUGUUUUGGGUUUGUUUUUUAGUAGACAGUUGGUGGUUGAUUAUUUAACAGUGUACACCAGGACCAGCCCAUCCUUUCCCCAAAGCUGUAAAUCUUUGUAAAAUAAGGUUAUUUUAUAAAUACGAAUUAAAAAUCAAUAUUUUUUUUCCUCCACCAAAAUAGCUACUCAGACCACAAAAUAAAAUGAAGAAUGAAUGUCGAACAACUUAACUGAUGUGCCUGCUUCUCUGGAUUUGAUAGACUUGUAAACAUUGCUUUUCUUUAGUGUGUGUGUGUACUUCAGUGAUA